GCGCGCGGCGUUGUACGUUGUCGGAUGACGCGUUUUGUCAAAAGAACGAUGAACGGAUAGAGAGGAAGAAAAUAGGUGAAAAGUGAGAUCGGUGUAGGGGAGGGGCAGGAGGACCCUUGUAGCUCCUACACAGACGGAAAGCAAACAAACCUUCUCUAAAAACGACUUAAAUCCAAAGGAUCGCAAGCGCACCGAGAACGAAUCGGGGGAUUAUACGAGUCAGUUGGAUUCGAUUCGGUUGGAUUCGAUUCGGUUAUUCGCGCCGCUUCGCCAGCCCAGAGGCCGCAGAAAUCACCAAAUCGCCAUUAUAUGAUCCACUUCCCGGCGUCGCUACUGCCCUCCAUGUGGGUGAGGGACCUGUGCGUGUCGGGCUAUGGCGAGAAAAACAGUUAGCAGGAAAAGGAAAGCAGGGGAGCCCAAGGAACAACAGUUUGACUGGUGUCAGUCUGCACUUAAGCGUGCCCGUGUGUCAAGCUCGGCGUGUCAUGCCCAGCACUGGUGGCAGGGACGGCGGUCAGUGGUGUGCUCUGUGAGAGGGAGGGAGUUUCGCCCGCAGCAGCAACAUGAGUGGAGCUUCCAGCGGAGUUUACGCGGAUUUGCUGCCGGACGCAUCCCCACCAUCCUCAGAGAGAGAGAGUACUCCCUUGGCCGCCUCAACAAGGUGUUUGCGUCCCAGUGGCUCAACCACAGACAGGUGGUGUGCGGGACAAAAUGCAACACGCUAUUCGUGGCAGACGUCCUCUCGGGACAGAUAACAAGGAUCCCCAUGCUGAAGGACAGGGAGGGCAGGGGAGAGGUCUCGCAGGGUUUGGGUGGUGUGGGGAACCAUUUCCACAGUCCAGGAUCAGUUGGUGGUCUGGAUGCCCAGCAGGGAUGUGGCAUCCACGCCAUAGAACUGAACCCAUCUUGUACCUUGCUGGCCACUGGCGGAGACAACCCCAACAGCCUGGCAGUGUACAGACUACCCACACUCGACCCUGUCUGCGUUGGAGAUGAUGGGCACAAUGACUGGAUAUUCUCCAUUGCGUGGAUCAGUGAUACCAUGGCAGUCUCAGGAUCUCGUGACGGCUCCAUGGGUCUAUGGGAGAUAUCAGAGGACGUGCUGACUCAGGCAGAGAAGCAGCAGAAUGAGGAAGGUGUUCCCUGUUACUCCCACAUCUCUCACCGUGCUCUCAAGGACAUCCCCAAGGAGUACACCCACCCCUACAACUGCAAAGUGCGCGCACUGGCCUUCAACAACAGCCAUAAGGAGCUGGGUGCUGUUUCUUUAGAUGGAUAUUUCCAUCUAUGGAAGGCAGAAGACAACCUGUAUAAGGAGCUUUCAACCAAACUCCCUUACUGUAAGGAAAAUGUAUGUCUGGCGUACGGGCUGGACUGGUCCGUUUAUGCAGUGGGCUCUCAGGCACAUGUUUCCUUUCUAGACCCUCGGCAAUCGUCUCAAAACAUCAAAUCCGUGAGCUCCAGGGAGCGUGGCAGUGGUAUCCGCUCUGUGAGCUUCUAUGAGCAUAUAGUGACAGUAGGCACUGGCCAAGGCUCCCUGCUCUUCUAUGAUAUCAGGGCCCAGCGUUUUCUGGAUGGCAUAGGGGGAGGUGGGCACUGGAAUUGCAGUCCAGAGGGCAUUCUGAAACUCACCACAGGCAGAGGAUGGCUGAACCACGAUGAAACAUGGAGAAGCUACUUUUCAGACAUCAGCUCCUUCCCGAACGCUGUUUACACGCACUGCUACGAUGACUCUGGCACCAAACUCUUUGUGGCCGGUGGGCCCCUGUGUUCUGGUCUACACGGAAACUACGCUGGCCUCUGGAGCUAGCCUCCAUCGGUCCUCCAUUUCCCUCUCACGCACCAUGUGCUAACAGGCCAUCUUCCAUCCUCUCCACACACUUAAGAUGCUCACUCACUUCCUGUUAAACUUUGGUCCAAGACAUUUUCUAUUUUUCAAAGGACUCAGGAGCAUAGAUGUGAUUUUCUUCCCUUUUUGUGUGUGUUCUUAUGUCUCUAAAUUUUCAUUAACCUGUUGUACUCUUGAAUCCAUCUGUUUUUGUAUGGAAAAAAACAGGAUAAAAGGAGAGAUGUGACCGCCAAUGAGGCCUGACCUCCCGAAGGAGUUCAUUCAGUUCCGAAUGGAUGGAUGUGUUCGGAGAACUGUGAAAUAGUGUAAAAAUAUAUUGAAAUAUGUAACGUCUCUCUGGGCAGUGGGUUUAUGCCCUUUUUUUUUUUUUUUUUUUUUUUUCAUAUAAAGAGUUAGUUCAUCCAAAAAUGAAAAUUCUAUCAUCAUUUACUCAUCCUUAUGUUGUUCCAAACCUGUAUGGCUUUCUUUCUUCCCUUGAACACAAAAGGAGAUGUUAAGCAGAACGUCAACAAUAAUAGUGAAUGGUGGCUGAGGCUAACAUGCAGAAUAACAUCUAAUUAAGAUCUUCUUUUGUGUUUCACAGACGAAAGUUAGUUAUACGUAUAUGGAACAACAUAAGGGUGAGUAAAUGAUGAAGGAUUUUUUUUUGGUGAACUAUCCCUUUAAGACUUUUUAUUUUAAGAUUGCCAUGUUUAGUUUGUUUUUGGUGUGUUUUUCGAAGACCAGGCGAUAAGCCCCCCCUUCUUGGCUCAUAAACAGUGGUUUAAGAUGGCAUUGUGGACAUUUAAAUGGCUGAGAAGAGGGAUUUGGAGACGAUUAUUGGUGAAAUGAACAGACAGCUUGACCUUUAACCUCACUGUGUAUUAUUGGCCACUGAUGGACUGAGGUCAAGACUGCGAAUAUAUGAAGAAAACUGAGAAUCAAAUGUGGACAUGAGUCGGACAGCAGUCAAUAAAGACUCGCCAGUUGUUUUUAAUUUUCCCUUUAUAUGUUCUGAAAUAAUGGCAGAGAGAGUCCACCGUAGGAAAUCACAGAUACUGUUUGUGUUCUGUUUGACGUGUCUUGAAAAAUGCCCCGUUUAUUGCUGAUUCUAUACUAACACACGUAAUCUGGAUUGCAUUUUUUCCCUCUAUAACAUUUGAUAUUAUUUAUUUUGUAUUGUUACCAUCACUAGCACUCAUGAAGUUCAGAUAAAAUCAUAUUUGUUGUUUUCUCCUCUGCUUAAAGGCAGGGCAGUGUUGUGUGACAUUGUUGCCUUUCCAGAGUCUUUCUGUGAAAGACUGUUGCAGAUUGAAUUUGUUUUGACUUUUUUUUGUUUUUUGUUUUUUUACAUAAAAUUCUUAGUGGCAUCAUCACAAAAUUAUUAGAACAAUGGACAUCGGAACAGGGAAUAUAUAUUAAGCAGAAAUAAACCAUCACUUUUAAAAUGUUUUUUAUAUAUAAAUGUAAAUUUGGAAUCUAAUAGAGGGAGAAUACAGUUUAUGUAAAUGUCAGAGGAUAUAUAUGUGCGUGCGUGUGAGUGAGUGAGUGAACUAAUCUGUCAGUAUUUUGGUGUUGACCUUUUUUAUACUCACUUCAUGAAUGUUUGUACAGAUCACAAGUGUAAAGAUAAUGUACGAUAUCAAAACAAGCAAAAGAAACGGCAACAAAAACUUGAGACAUUCUUCAAGGAGAAAAUGAAUAAAAAUGUAUUGAUGUAUUUUUGUUCAA